UUUUCUGAUGUAUUUAGGCUCUCUCCUCCUCUACUGUCUCCGUCUUCUGUAUCCAUUGGUCUGAUCAAACAACCCAUCAUCAAAUCGAAAUGGCGUCAGAGACGCCCAAAGAGAAUAGCUCCUCCGUCCUCCAAGUCACUUCUUCAGGCGUACCACGGCGGAGGAUGUCUUUGUUGACCGCUCAAGUUGCUCUCAGAAUCUCAGCCAUUGUCUUCACACUCAUCGCCAUCUCCGUUACGGUCACCAACAGCCAAUCCGUCGUCGUGUUCGGAUUCAAGUUCGAAGCUCACUACUCCUACUCAACUGCCUUCAAGUUCUUGGUUGGUGCUAAUGUUGUGGUGUGUGCCUUCUCAGUGCUCUCAUUGAUCUUCCUAUCCUUCUUCUUACGCCGUUCUCCGUCUCAACACCUCAAAAACUACUUCGUUCUCUUCUUGCACGACAUGGUGAUGAUGGUGAUGAUGAUAUCCGGGUGCGCAGCCGCGACCGCAAUCGGGUACGUGGGGAAGUAUGGGGAGAAGAAAAUGACUUGGCAGCCAACAUGCGGUUAUGUGAAGGAGUUCUGCAACAAAAUGACCAUUUCUCUUGCGUUUUCUUACCUGGCUUUCUCUGCCUACUUGUUUCUCACUCUCAUAGCUGCUCAUAAUCUCAUGCCUCGACCUACUGAAUGAACUCAGCAAUACAACUUACAAGAGAUCUAUCCCUUCAUCCGAAAACGACAUCGAAAAUCACAGAAUAGUGGUGGUGGUGGGGCGUUGAAUUGAUCAUUUUGCUAUACAUAUGUUCUCUUAACGAUUUAGUUUACAUAUUACCCCCUGUAGCAAUUAUGGGCCAAUUAAUCGUAUUUAUUUGUACUAAUUGUCUCCUUGAUGCUUGAUGAAAUGGUGGCUUCUUUGAUUAGGAGAUGUUGCAGAAAGUAUUUGUGUAUUGGGAAUUUUCUUUCUUCUA